AUCAAGUGGUGCUGUCAUUUCUCAUCGCAUCAGUGUGUGUGUGUGUGUGUGUGUGUGUGUGUGUGUGUGUGAGAGAGAGAGACACUUUUGAGCUACAGCUGCUAUCAGUCACAUCACAUUUCUGUGCUCCAGUAGUCAUGGGCACACAUGACCUUGAGUGCACCCUGUCUCACGCACUGUCCGUCUCUCUCUCACAGACGCCGGCUCUGUCUGUCUCCUCUGAGCUGUCUCUGGUCCUCCUUGACCCGGUGUGAGGUUGAGUCCAUUUACUGCAUGUCACCAUCAGUCGGCGUCUUGGCUUAAAAAUGGAGCAGUCCGACCAUGAGCUGAGGGGUCGGCACUGACGGUCUGUCAGUCAGAUGGUUCUCAGGAGAGUCUUUUGUUUUGAAUAGGGGGAAAAUCUGAGCCGCGGAGAAGAGAUUCCCAGCCCGAUCAAUUCCCUCUAACUACACUAUUGAUUAGCUGCAGUAACAUUUUUCAUUUAUUAAUUAUGAGGAAUAUGUACUUGGAAGUGUCUCUCUCUCUCCUGAUAGGGUCAUCAGCCAUGAGCUGAUAUCAUUUGGUGCUUGUAUGAAUGUGUUAUAGACAUAUUGUCGUCAUUAAGGACACACUGACACGUCUUUGUCUCUGAAAUAUGACACUGCACCUUCUAUACUUCUCUUUCUGACAAGGGAGGAUUUAUUUUUAGGUUUCAGAUGAUUAAAUGCUUCUUCUAAUGGUGUUUCAGCGGCAGAACAUAUAGUACAAAGGAAGAAUACAGCUGUGAGUGUGAAAAUCACAUAUCAUUCCCAAGGAAGAUAAACUCCCUCUAACCGGAGAACGACGGCUCGCCUUUGACCAACAGAUCUCACGCUUGAAAGAUAUAAAACCUCACAAAGUGGCUCACACUCAUCAUGACUCACCUCUCCUGCCUCCCUCGGCAAGACAGAAAUUACCCUGAAACUGAUUCUGCGAUCAAUAACAACAUACCCACCAAUCAAGCGGGCCGACCCGGGGUUGAGAGCCAAUCACCAGCUCAAAACGCCUCUUGUUUCAAGAGUCCGAGGAAACGGAAACAACAAACAGGACGUUUACAGAUCGGCAGAGAGCUCAACACGAGAACUUUCCAGAUCGGCACAGGCGAUCAGCUCAACUAAGGACAAUUUCUUAGACCAACAGAGAUGAUCCAUUGCUUUGGCUGACAUCAGCAAGAAAACAGCAAUCAGAUAACUGAGGUCUGGAAUGCUGGAUUUCAGAUGGAGUCGUUCUCAACAGAAGACGUUUGUACCGUGCGGAUCGAGUCUCCUUUAAAUAUCGCCUGCUGUUUAACGCAUGAGACGGGAUGUGAGACGGGAUGUGAGCGGGGAUGUUUACAGCUAAGACAGAGAUCCGGCAUGGAAGCGGCCGGUGCUGAUGAGACACGCCGCGGAUCCCGGAUCUUCAUCAUCACCAUCAUCAUCUCCGGCGGUUGUAGCAUCUGAAGCGAUGCAGCUCACGUUCAUCAUGUUCGUUCUCCGUGUGUGAAUCGCUGAGAUGGUUCGGGUCGUCAGUGUUCUGGGUCUGGUGAUGUUCAGCGUCGCUUUGCUCAUUUUGUCAUUGAUCAGUUACGUGUCCAUCAAGAAAGACUUCAUCUUCACCUCCCCGAAGUACGCCAACGCCGGCGGUCCGCGGAUGUACAUGUUUCACGCGGGGUUUCGGUCCCAACUGGCAAUGAAGUUUCUGGAUCCUGCGUUCACGUCCCUGAAUAACGCCCUCAACGAGAACAUACAGGAGUCCAGCAACUGGAGGUUUAACAAGAGCGCUUAUUUAGAGCAAAGUAAAGAGAUCGCCCAGUACAUCGACGUCCCGCACAACUUCACCCUGACCAAGAGCAGCGUUCGCGUGGGUCAGUUAAUGCACUACGACUACUCCAGUCACAAAUACGUCUUCUCCAUUGGUGAGAACCUCAGGUCUUUGCUUCCGGACUCUUCUCCCGUCCUCAACAAGCGCUACAACACCUGCGCCGUAGUAGGCAACAGCGGGAUCCUGACCGGCAGCCGCUGCGGCCCUGAAAUCGACAAGUAUGACUUUGUCUUCCGCUGCAACUUCGCGCCCACCGAGGUCUUCCGUAGAGACGUGGGCCGCCGGACCAACCUCACCACCUUCAACCCCAGUAUUCUAGAGAAAUACUACAACAACCUGCUGACCAUCCAGGACAGAAACAAUUUCUUCUUGAGUCUGAAGAAGCUGGACGGCGCGAUCCUGUGGAUCCCCGCCUUUUUCUUCCACACGUCUGCCACUGUCACACGCACACUCGUAGAUUUCUUCGUAGAGCACAAGGGGCAGCUGAAAGUACAGUUAGCCUGGCCGGGAAACAUUAUGCAGUAUGUGAACAGGUACUGGAAAACGAAGCAGCUGUCUCCGAAGCGGCUGAGCACGGGGAUCCUCAUGUUCACGCUGGCCUCGUCCCUGUGUGAUCAGAUCCACCUGUACGGAUUCUGGCCCUUCGGCUGGGAUCCCAACACGGGGAAGGAGCUGCCGUACCAUUACUACGACAAGAAGGGCACCAAGUUCACCACCAAGUGGCAGGAGUCGCACCAGCUGCCCACCGAGUUCAAACUGCUCUUCAAGAUGCACGCAGACGGCGUCCUGAAACUCAGCCUCUCCCACUGCGCCUAGAGGCCAGAGGUCAGGGUCAAAGGGUCAGCGGUCAGGACUCAGGGUCGUUUGGUUUGGCUAAAGGACGUUUGUGGUGAUUCAGGGUUGCAACUAUUGACAUCAAGCUCAGUCACUAAUGAUCAGUGUUAGUAAUGAUGAGGAAAGUUGGUACACUUUACAAUAUUUGUUAACAUGCGUUAGCUAACAACGAGCAAUAUAUUUUUUACAGCAUUUAUUAUGUUUGCUUGACACUUUUCUAAUCCGACUAAUGAUUUUCAUUAAACAGGUGAUCAAAACUACGAAAAGUCCCACAGACUUCCAUUGAGUAUGAAGUCAAGACUUUUGUAGAACAAUACUUAAACAGUAUUUAAGCUAUCGCUAGCAAAGCUAAAGGACUAUCCUAGGACAACAUUUUAAAACAUGCUAGUAACAUGCUAAUCAUGCUAGCAACAUGCUAAAUCAUGCUAGAAACAUGCUAGGAAUGUGCCGAUUCAAGUUAGCAAUGUAUUAAAUUGUUUUAUUAAACAUGUUAAAUCAUGUCAGCAAACAUUCUAAAUCGUGCUAGUCUAGUAACAUGCUAGCAAUGUGCUAAAUCAUGCUAGAAACAUGCUAGCAAUGUGCCAAUUCAAGUUAGUAAUGUAUUGUUUUGUUAAACAUGUUAAUUCAUGCCAGCAAACAUUCUAAAUCAUGCUAGUAACAUGCUAACCUCAUGUUAAAUCAUUUUAGCAACAUACUAGUAACAUGCUAAUUAUGCUAACAACAUGAUAGCAGUGUGUUAAAUCAUGCUAGCACUAAGAUAGUAACAUGCUAAUCACACUAGCAACAUGCUAAUUCAUGCUAGCAAUGUGUUAAUCAUGUUAGCAAUAGGCUAGCAACAUGCUAAACAUGCUAGCAAUGUGUUAAAUCAUGCUAGAAACAUGCUAGCAAUGUGCCAAUUCAAGUUAGUAAUGUAUUGUUUUGUUAAACAUGUUAAUUCAUGCCAGCAAACAUUCUAAAUCAUGCUAACAACAUGCUAGCAGUGUGUUAAAUCAUGCUAACACUAAGAUAGUAACAUGCUAAUCACACUAGCAACAUGCUAAUUCAUGUUAGUAAUGUGUUAAUCAUGUUAGCAAUAGGCUAGCAACAUGUUAAACAUGCUAGCAACAUGCUAAAUCAUGCUAGAAACAUGCUAGGAAUGUGCCAAUUCAAGUUAGCAAUAUAUUAAAUUGUUUUAUUAAACAUGUUAAAUCAUGUCAGCAAACAUUCUAAAUCAUGCUAGAAAAAAUGCUAGCAAUGUGCCAAUUCAAGUUAGCAAUGUAUUAAAUUGUUUUAUUAAACAUGUUAAAUCAUGUCAGCAAACAUUCUAAAUCAUGCUAGUAACAUGCUAACCUCAUGUUAAAUCAUGUUAGCAACAUACUAGUAACACGCUAAUCAUGCUAGCAACAUGCUAGCAAUAUGUUAAAUCAUGCUAGUACUAAGACAGCAACAUGCUAAUCAUGCUAGAAACAUGUUAACAACGUGAUGUAAUCAUGUUAUCUACAUGUUAAAACAUGUUAGCAACAUGUAACAGGGCUUUCUCAAGCCAACAUCAAAGUUUGUCAUCAAACUUUACUCAUCUAGUUAACCAUUAAUCUUAGUUAAUAAAAAAGAUCAUAUUUAUGUUAGUCCACAGUACAUUAAUUAAUGUUAACAGACAUUAAUAUAUAUAUAGAUAUAUUAAAACAUGUUACUAACAUGCUAAUCAUGCUAGCAACAUGUUAAUCAUGUUAGCAAUAGGCUAUCAAACAUGCUAAAACAUGCUAACAAUGUGUUAAAUUAUGUUAGCAAUGUGCUAUAUUGUACUAGAAACUUGUUAGCAAUGUGCUAAUUUAUGCUAGCAGUGUGCCAAUUCAAGUUAGCAGUGUAUUAAAUCAUGUUAGCAGGAUGUUAAAUCAUGUCAGCAAACAUUCUAAAUCAUGUUAGCAACAAACUAACCUCAUGUUAAAUCAUACUAGCAACAUGCUAAUCAUGCUAACAACAUGCUAAUGAUGUUAACAACAUGUUAAUCAUGCUAGCAGUGUGUUAAAUCAUGUUAGCAAUAUGACAGCAACAUGCUAUUAAUGCUAGAAACAUGUUAGCAAUGUGCUAGCAACAUGUUAAUCAUGUUAACAACAUGCUAAAACAUGUUAGCAGUGUGUUAAAACAUGCUAACAUCACGUUAAAACAUGCUAGCAACAUUCCAAAUCAUGUUAGCAACAUGCCAGCAACAUGUAACAUGCUAGUCAAAGUUAUUUAAACUUUCAGACCUGGCUUUCUCAAGCCAACAUCAAAGUUUGUCAUCAAACUUUACUCGCCUAGUAAACCAUCAAUGUUAGUUAAUAAAAAUUAUCAUAUUUAUGUUAGUUCACGGUGCAUUAAUUAAUGUUAACAGACACAACUUUUGAUUUUAAUAAUGUAUUAGUACAUUUUGAAAGUAACAUUAACUAAGAUUAAUAAUAAAUGCAGCAGAAGUAUUGUCCAUAGUUAGUUCAUGUUAACUAAUGUUAACCAUUGGAGCCUUAUUGUAAAGUGUUACCGAAAAGUUCUAUCUGCUCAAAGCUUUUAUUAAUUACAUUUAUCAAAAAGCAUCAUGUUACAAUAUAACCACAAUAUAAUGCACAUAUUACUAAAUAUAAUGCACAUCAAAGAAAUGCUUUCGUUUAAUAUCCCUACAAAGGUUUUCUUUGAGUAUAUAUAUCUACAGAGCAGAAGAUGAGCCGAACUCAAGUACGUCACCACCUAGCAACCAACAACAACACCCUAGCAACCGCUUAGUAACACCCUGGCAACGACCCACAAUGGCUACUUUUGCAGGGGCAAACACCACUCAGAUUUUCUUCAGAGGAAUCUAGUUUUGUAUAUAGUCACAGAGGACAAAAGUAUGGAAGCUGAUUUCCGCAAUGGAAUAAAAUAAAAGUCAGAAUUGCGAGAUAAUUACUGUUUUUUUUAUUCCGUUGUGGAAACAAGCUUCCAUAAAAUCAAAACACUAUGCGUAUUUUCUGCAUGCCAGGUUAAGGCUGGUCUACUAGGUUAUGUUUCUGAAUUAUUAUAUAGACAAAUUAAAGUCUAAUCGAAGUAUUUUAAUUGGACACAACCUGUGUCAAUCAAUCAGAUUGCUCCAGUGGGCGGGGCAUUCUCAGCGGAGGCUCUGAUUGGCUCGUGAGCUGUCAGAGUUCUGCAGAAAUAUCAAUGUUUACUUUCCAUAUAAUUCAAAGAUAUAUAGGUUAUGAAUGAUGUCAUUUUAUUUGUGAUUGAUUCUGUGUUUAUGAAUGUGUACGUGUUAUUAACACAAUUAUUAUUAGUGUGUGAGUGUGUGUGUGUUGAAGUCAUAAUGUGCAUGUGGAAACCCAGGUCAGUUUGAUGUGUCGUGUCUUCUUUAACAUUUAUUCCUUUUUUUAAAUAGUCAUUAUAUAGAUGAUAAUAUAUAAACACUACAUAUGUAUUGAUUAUGCUACAUUUUCUGUAAGACGUCAUAAAGCUGAAGCGAAAGCAGAGACACAGAUUGUAACCUGAACAAAAAACAUCUUCUGUUUUCAUAUGAAACUUCAUUGAUUGCCAUCAAUGAAGCUUCCACCAGUUUAUAAUCAUUAUUUGUAUGAUUCAUUUAAUGGUGUUUUAUUGCAUUGCAGUUAUCCAGCAUAAAUUAUACUUUAUAUUGGUCGAAUAUGUCGGUUAUUUAGUCUGACGGUGAUCAGUCCAUCAACCAGGACAUGCAAAUUUGUUUUUGCAUGACCAAGCGGAUUAACAAACAAAUUGAUUGGCUGAGAUGAUUAACAGACGACGUGAUUGGCUGAGACAGUGGAUACGUUCCAAUCCCUGAUCAUAUUACUGAAGAUCCAUUUGCAAAACGCUGAGCGUCUAAAAAGUUCCGCCGGACCUGGUUGUCAGUUUGAUUAAUCUGUCCUGCUUAUUUGUCUGUUUAACACUGACAGAAAUGUUCUCGAGUCAUUUCUUUUUCAUGUAUGCAUAUACUGUAUAAACAUGUCAAAUCAACAUUGACCAAAGAACUUUCCUCGCAAAAGUCUGUCAGCUGACAUCUGAAAGUCUUGAGAACGUCUCAUUUCUUUUUCCAGUGUAAGUUUUAGUUUUGUUUGUGAAAUUUAUUUAAAAAACAUGCAAAAGCAAAACAUUUGCCGCUUCCAUAAUACAAAAGUGUUCACAUCCAAACUUAAUUGUGAUAUUACUGUUUACACGAAUAUUACAAUGUGUUUUGAUAUCUUGGGUUGUUUUUCUGAUCCAGAAUCUAAAAGGUGAGAACCUGCCAUUGUUUACUGUACACUACUGUUCAGAAGUUUGGGGUCAGUAAGAUUUAAAAAAAAUAAUAAUAAUAAUACUUUUAUUCAUCAAGGACGCAUUAAAUUUGAUCAAAAGUGACAGUAAUGACAUUGAUAAUGUUAUUUCAAAUAAAUGCUGAACUCUCUAUUUAUCAAAGAAUCCUGAAAAAUAAAAUGUAUGACGGUUUCCACAAAAAUAUGACUGUUUUAAACAUUGAUAAUAGUCAGAAAUGUUUCUUGAGCAGCAAAUCAUCAUAUCAGAAUGAUUUCUGAAGGAUCAUGUGACACUGAAGACUGGAGUAAUGAUGCUGAAAAUUCAGCUUUAAUCACUGGAUAUAAAUUACACCUUACUAUAUAUUCACAUAGAAAACAGAUAUUUUAAAUUGUAAUAAUAUUUCACUAUUUUUACUGUAGUUUUGAUCAAAUAAAUGCAGAAUUGGUGAGCAGAAUAGACUUCUAAUUCAGGAAUAAAUUGCAUUUUAAAAUAUAUUCAAAUAGAAUACAGUUAUUUUUGUAAAAAUAUUAUUGUUUUGCUGUAUUUUUGUUCAAAUAAAUGCAGCCUAUAUGAGAAAGAGAGAGUAACAAUAUCAGAAAAACAACCUGCUGCUGUGUUUAUUUCUUCAUUGGUGAUUUCUUCAUGUAUAGUUUUAGAAAGCCUGUUUUAGACACUUAAACUUCGCUGGGAAUCUUUUCUUCACCCUUUCCUUCUGUACACAGAUGUUAUCUGUUGUGCGGCUGUACAUCAUUCCUCUCAGUGAGAUUCUUUUCAGACGAACCGAGACUCCAGAGAAUCAUUCUGGACUCCUUUUGAAUGUUUAAUGCAGUUUGUUAUUUUGAUAAUACCGACUUCUUUUGAUUGUACCUGUCUUUGUUUCCAUGUUCUGAAUGUGUUUCGAUUGUAAGAUGCUCCACUGAAUUUCUGAUGUGCUCCUGGCACCAGAUCUUUACUUUCACAAGUAUCAUUUAAGAGAAAUUUAAAGUGCUCCUAUUAUGCUAUUUUAAAGGUUCACAUGUUAAAAACACUUUAAUUUCUCAUAAUAUCCACUGCAGCAUCAGCUCUUUUUUCUCAGUGUCUGAAACGGUUCGAUCAAGGAUUCGGUCUCUCUAAACUCCUUCUUUCUGAGAGCUGCUCUGCUCUGAUUGGUCAGACGGCCCAGUCUGUUGUGAUUGGUCAGAAACCAAACGCUCAUUAUCAUAUCUCAAUCUCAGCUCUUGAUUCACAGUGAUACGAACAGUAACGAUGGCGUCGGUUUUACCGUAUCAAUCUCAUCGAAGUGGAAAACAGACAUGAACAACACGAUCCAAACUCUUCCAGUCUCAGAUACAACUACAGUGUUUGAGGGCGGGGCAAAGAGACGCUGUUCAGCCAAUGAAGACCAUAGGCUGGAAUUAUGCA